CUAUCCCAACCCCUACUCCAACACCAACACCAGUGAGUCUACAACCCUCCAGUUCAACCCAAUUUAAGAAACAGAAGAAAAAAUCCAAAAAGCUCAAAGAAGCAAUUACAGAUUCUGGUAUUGAAUGGCCUUGUCCAAAAACCCCAACUGAAACCCCUGUAAUAACGGAUUCGGGUUGGCCCACUUUCACAACCCAGUUAAAUGUCCAACCCCAUUUGCCUACUUCCCAAGAAUUGUCCCAUUUCGCCUCGAAUCAAGCCCAUCAACAUGCUUUGAAAGCUGUAUCUGAAUACUUAAAGUACUCAACUAAUGAUGAGGAUGAUGAUAAUGAUAGUGACAAUGAUGAUGAGGCUGAUGAUGGGGAUAAAGAUUACAACUUUUUCGCGAAAUUGUUUAGGGAAGAUGAUGUAUUGAGAAAGUACUAUGAGAAGAACAAAGAGAGUGGUGGGGAAUUUAGUUGUCUUGUGUGUUGUGGGGUUGGUAAGAAAGGGUGGAUGAAGAGGUUUAAGGAUUGUGUGGCUCUUGUUCAACAUUCGAUUACUAUAGCCAACGCGAACACGAGGCGAGCUCAUAGGGCUUACGGUCAGGUCAUUUGCCAAGUUUUUGGAUGGGAUAUUAAUAGGCUUCCGUCGAUUGUUUUAACUGCAGGUGAUAAUAAGUCUAGUGAAUCUUCUGAUAAACUGGCAGAGGCUCAGGGGAAUGAGAAUGAUGGUGGUAAAAACGGUUUGAGUGGUCAAAGCAAUACCACAGAUACUGUAAAUGUUGGCAGCAAUGAAUUAUCUCAGCAGAAAGAGUCUUUAAAUACUGAAAACAAGCAAGAAAAUGGUGAGGGGCCCACAGCAUUAAAGCACAACUCCUUGAAUGAAGUCAAUGUCAGCAAUGGUAUUCCUGAAAUAGCAAAAGAGAUUGCCGACGGUGCAUCCAAUUGUCUGGUGAGGCUUUUGGUCUGGUAUUUCUUCAUAGAAAGUUUUUUCCAUGAAAAUAUACUUCUAGGUUGUCUUCCUUAUCUAUGUUGCACUUCUACAACAACAACAACAACAACAAACCCAUUAAAAUCUCACAAGUAGGGUCUGGGGAGGUAGUGUGUAUCCAGACCAGAGGCUGUUUCCGAUUUAUGUUGCACUUCUCAGAUGAAUAAUUUUUGAACUACCACUUUGUUGUGAGCAUCUCUUCCGGUAACUCAGUGUAUCCAGUGUUAAUAUUUUUAGAAACAUGUUGUUUAACUAAUAUUUUAAAAAACUUCUAAUAUAAGUUUUCUGUGGAUUAGAGAUAGCUCAUCACAAAAAAGUAGUCAAUCCUAGACAGGAUUGUGGAGGUAGGUCAGAGGUGACCCGUGAGUGUGAUGUGAUAAAGUGGUUAGGUUCUAAACCUCGUUAGCAGUCCGCAAGGGAAUAGGCCUUCUAUAUAUAUAAGUUAGACCUGUAGGUAGCACUGUAUUCUGGGCCGGGCCCGGGCCUUCGUGGGCCAAACGGCCCGGGCUUCGUGGGCCUGAG